UAGUUGUAUACGCGUUUCAGCACUAACAACUCUCUCCCAUUCUAGUGUAGUCCACUGUUCGUGUUGGUUGCUUGCACUCCGGGUCCCCUGCGGUCUAUUUUCGCCGUUCUGACAGAAAUAAAACAUCUCGGAGACGCUACACGAAAAGUAGAAACAACACAAAACGAAAAGGAAAAGAUUCUAGCGACGUUCGAAAUUUUGAGAAAAGGCGGCAAAAUGGAUACCACCGGGGAUUUCCGAAUUUCGAUUUAUCUGAAGAACUUACGUUUUUGUGGUUGCCGUAUUUCCUAACUUCAUUCAUCAUAUAAAUCCGCGAAAUGUUUACUUUCACAUAAUACCGGUCGGACUCUUACACGUAGUGUCUCUAAUACAUUUCCGAAAUGUGUGGGUGCUGUGCCGUUCUACAAAGGGUCUUCUCCUGGAGGACCUUCAGUGUGUGCUUUCUCGUGCUGUGCAUGUUCAGUUCCACGAUCUCCAAAAUCGAAAGGAUUAGGAAACGCGAAAUCUUGGACGACACCGUGCACCACUACCUGCAAAACUUCGGUUACAUGGAAAAGGCAGCAGAUGGCGCUUUCGCCCUUCGGACAGAGGACUCUGUACGGAACGCCAUCAGAGAGAUGCAAGAGUUUGCCGGAAUCCCCGUGACGGGGCGCCUCGAUGAACAGACAAUAAAAUUACUUAAUACGCCUCGUUGCGGCUUGCCAGACAAAAAUAUUCAGACGUCCGGAAGGAGGAAAAGAUUCACUUUACACGGACAGAAAUGGCCGUACACGAAUCUGACGUGGAGCUUGAGGAGCAGAAAUUUGAAGGAUUUGGACUCGUACCAAGUCAGAUUUGUCAUAUCGAAAGCCUUGGAGGUUUGGUCGAGACAUUCCAAACUGACCUUCACGGAAGUUGACAGCGACAGGGCGGAUAUUCUCAUUUAUUUUGUUAGGGGCGACCACGGAGACAACUUCCCCUUUGACGGCAAAGGAGUGAUUUUGGCACACGCCUUCUUCCCGAACGGUGGUCGCAGCAUAGACGUCCACUUUGACGCAGACGAGACAUGGACGACCAUCCCCAACAGCGACCAAGGGACCAACCUGUUCAACGUGGCAGCCCACGAGUUCGGUCACUCCUUGGGUCUGUCCCACUCGUCCAUCGAGGGCGCCCUAAUGUACCCAUGGUACAAAGAAAUGGAAAACGGUUUCGACUACGAGCUCCCGGACGAUGACAAGCUCGGCAUCCAGACCCUCUACGGGGCCAGAACUACCAGACUAUGGGACAGAAUCAAGCCCUACCGUCCACCGCACACCACCACUACCACUACCACCACAACCACGACCACCACAACCACGAGGAGACCGUUUAUAACUAGGCCGCGUUAUCAGCCCUACGACCCUAGAUAUCCCAACGGAAGGCAUCCUCAGCACAAUCCCUAUCACCCUCACAACAAUAACCCCCAUUAUAACCCGAGGAAACCCAUGCAUCCAGACGUGAAAAAGAAUCAUUAUCCGAAGAGUGAGCCGCCGCGUUAUCCCGAUAGGAGGUAUCCGUAUAAACAUCCUGCGAAGUAUCCUGAAAGGACGACGCCGAUGCCGGCGCCACCGACUACACGUUAUCCUGUUUAUAAUCCGGAUAAAUACCCCGACAGGAGGCAUCAUAACAGCGAUAAGGAAACGCCAGCGAGGAGGCCUCCAGAUACCUGUGAUACUAGUUAUGAUUCGGUGGCCGUCAUCAGAAGGGAGGUGUUCUUCUUCAAGGACGCUUACUUUUGGAGAAUCGACGAAACCGGCGCUUUGAUGCCCGGCCAUCCGGCGGAAAUCACGAGGUUAUGGCAAGGCCUCCCUCGCAAUCUCACCCACGUGGAUGCAGUAUACGAACGUCCGGAUAACAAAAUCGUCUUUUUUAUCGACGAUAAGUACUACGUCUUUACCGGAGUUAAAUUAGAUUGGGGUUUCCCGAGACCCUUGACCGAUCUGGGACUUCCGCGGUCGCUGAAAAAAAUCGACGGGGCCAUGGUGUGGGGUCACAAUGGCAAAACCUACUUCUACAGCGGUUCUUUAUACUGGAGGUUCGACGAGGAGGAGAGGAAGGUCGAGUUGGACUAUCCCAGAGAUAUGUCGAUGUGGAAAGGAGUGGGGACGGACAUAGACGCAGUCUUCCAGUGGAAAGACGGAAGGACGUAUUUCUUCAAGGGGAAGGGUUUCUGGAAGUUCAACGACAUCCGCAUGAGGGUGGAGCACGAGCAGCAGAAACCGUCGGGACCAUUUUGGAUGGGUUGUACGAACAAUCUUGAGGGUAACGACGUCGGGGAGAAGUUGCCAUACAAGCACUACACGCAGCCGACGUCGGGAACUUCGUCAUUACAUAUUAACUAUGUAGCUUUAGCAAUAUCAAUAUUUUUUUACUAUUUAAAUUUAACAUAAAUUAAACGCACUGCCUUUUUUCUUGUUUGAUGGGAGAAAAAUACUCAAAGAGAAAUUGAACUUAAGACUGUUUUGAGAGAAAAUGUGCUCAUUUGUGCUUGUACUGCCAGGAUUUUUCCUGAUUUUGUGAUAGGUUCAUGUUUUUCGGCAUUUUAAUAUAGGUUCUAGACUUUUUUAAUUUGUAAUAUUUACAUACUUUUUUUUAUUUAAGUAUACUGUGAUAUUAGUCAUUUCAAAAUUGCGUUAUCAUGCAUUCGCCGUUGAAUUGUUGAAUAUUUUUGAACGCAUUUCAGUUAGCGCAAUUGAACGGCACCAUUGUGACCAUCUCGGAAAUGUUGAGCCGUUUCUGCGAUGGCCGGGAAAUUAUUUAUAAUUUAAUUAUGGUUAAUUUUGUAAAUUAUUUAAAAAGCGUAGUAUAUGGGAUCCGAUAAAGUUUCAAGAAACGAAAACCGUCGAAAUUUCUAUUUUCUCAAAACGUACACACAUCACCUAUUUUUGUAUAACAUGCAUCAGUGCCGCUUUAUCUGGCCCAUAUAUUCAUUUGUUAAACUAUAAAAGCAUAUUUCUUUAAAAAAACAACAGCCUCAGUGUGAGUAGACACAAAAAUAUAUUGUAAUUUUUUAUCUGCUAUCAUUAUGAUGUAAUAAAGAGCUAAAAUUUAGAA